AUGAUAUUCGAUAAGGAUCAGAUGGAGAGUGCCAUGCUGAGUUUUCAACUCGAUCUUGACAAAAUGCCACUAGGAAGACUUUCUAAGAGGCAAAUCACAAAUGCCUUUGCCGUUCUGACAGAUCUCCAAGCUGAGAAGUGCGAUAUGUUGGGUACACUUCUGGAGAUUCAAAUCGGAUAUGAAGUCAUUAAACAAGAGGAAGGUGAAACUGAAGAUACUCGUGAUCCGGUCGAUAUUCACUACGAGAAACUUAGAUGCAAAAUGGAGGUCGUCGACCAUGAUUCGAAGGAAUUCGAAAUGGUCAAGCUGUAUGUGGAAAACACCCAUGGUGAAACGCAUACGAUGUUCAAAUUGGAAGUCGUUGAUGUUAUUCGUGUCGAUCGUGAAGGCGAAGAGAGCAAAUUCAAAGCCGACCUUGGUAAUCGCCGACUUCUAUGGCACGGAUCUGGAACUGCUAAUUAUGGUGGAAUUCUCUCACAAGGUCUUCGCAUAGCUCCACCUGAGGCACCUGUGACUGGUUACAUGUUUGGAAAAGGUGUCUACUUCGCCGACAUGGCAUCUAAAUCUGCCAACUACUGUAGGGUUUUCUCUGACAAUACGGAUGGCCUCAUGCUGUUAUGUGAUGUUGCACUGGGCAAGGUGAAACAGGAGUUCAAUGCUACUGACCAUUCGUUGAAGACUAUAAAAGGCUACAACAGCGUGCAAGGUGUGGGUGGAACAGAGCCUGAUCCUACUCAAUUAACUGUCUGUGACGAGGGAUACUCAGUUAACAUUGCAAAGCCUGUGAAAAAGGAAACAUCGCAGAAUCUUUCUUUGCUCUAUAACGAGUAUAUCGUUUACGACGUUGAUCAAAUACGGAUGCGUUAUCUUGUCCGUACCAGGUUUAAGAUGUCAACUGAUCUAGUAUAA